UGCAUCCUUUCAGUCGGCCGCUGAACCCGCGUGCCGUUCGGUCGGGUGUUUGUGUCGUUGCCUUUAUUUUUUCCAUUUUCCUUCUGCACUGUGAGUUACGGUUACGGUUUUUUUGACAGUACGAUGCCGCGUGUGCAAUCCUCCCCCAGUUCUUCGUGUUCUCCAGUUCGCCAAUCGGAUCGUUAAUCGGGGCAAAGUUUUUGUUUUUUAAAAUAAUUCCGGGUGAACACGCUGGAUUUCCUUGGAGUAGUACAGUGAAUUCUGCGUGCGGAGAACGCACACGAAACCUUCCUGCAUGGUGUGUACUGAGAAUUACUAUCAUACACAAAUUUAUAACUCGAAAAGGAAUUUCAGAAUCGGGGGAACCCAGGCUGACAAAAACAAGGCUAAAAAAAAAAAUGUCGAGCAGAAACUCGAUCCGCUCGCAAUUCUUCAACAAAAGACUGAGAUCUCACUGCCGAAAACUGAGGACUUAAUUUUGGGAAAUAAGCUCAAUUUUUUAGAAGAAUAAACAAUGUUGGGGGUUAGUCAACCCAGCAAUCCGCCCUCGAGUCUUCGACACUCGGCGAGUUUUUCAUGUCUCCAAAGGGGCUCUAGUGAAGGCCACAGGGCUCGAACUUCAACCUUGCCUCAACAACCAAGUCUUCCACUUAGCACUCAUCAAUACAGUGGUUUAAGUUCACUUCAACAUCAUCAAACCCAAAUUGGAAGUCCCGAUUCUAGAAACAGAGAGACUCUUACCAGCGACCAUCCUUAUGUUGAUUCCAAUGAUUACGGAUUUGUCAAAAUCAGACCAAGACUCCGGAGUACUAAUGCAAUUCUUCAUCGUGAAGAAGAAAGGGAGAAAGAAACCUUGAGUGAUCGAGAAAUAGGAAGCUACUAUCAACCAAAGGAUGAAAAAAACUCAAAGAACCACCAAAAUCCUCUGAGAGGCGCUCUCGUUCUUUUUACAGCAUCCACUUCCUCUUGGUGGAAGACCAAACAACGAGAGGAUCCUAAUGUCUCUAAUUCUUCCUCCUCAUCAGAAAGAAAAUGGUCAAGUGCAAUAAACCCAACAACUACAGCUUCCACAACAACAGCAUCACCAUCUCGAGAAAGAAGAUGGCCCAAUAACAUAGUUCCAGGUAGUGUCACAUCACCAACUAAAGAACGCAAAUGGUCUGUAAAUUCUGCUCUGACAGCACCAGAACGAAACGAGAGGAAAUGGAGUUCUUCCUGCUCUGGUCAAGACCGGAAAUGGAGAUCCCUCGGAGCUCUUUUGAGGACUCCAGGAAAUGGAGAUGCUCAAUCCCGAUCGAGUCAAACUUUCUUCUACCACAAUGCGAGUGCUUCGAUGAUCGAGGGUGGCGAAAACAACAAAAAUCGGGAUUCAAUGAUGAGUACUUCUACAAUCGAAACUAAUUCCUACCCUCAUUCUUAUUCCGCAAGAGUUAUUUCAAAAACCCAGUACCGGGAAAAUGGAGACUUUAAUGGAAGAUCCAAAGUCGGGAGGAGACUUUUCCAGGAGGAUGCUGAUCGAGAGAUUGAAGAAGAGAGGAUUGAAAAUGUUGCGAAUAAUUGGGAUUCAAUAAACAAUCGUGAUUCUGUGAGUAGGGAUAUGGUUAAAAAUGGAGGCGACACCAGUGGGAUUGUGGAGAACCGAUCUACAAGGUCAAACAGGGCGCAGAGUUUUUAUCUUCUGGAUGAUUUUUUGAGACCUCAGCCUCAGCCAACGACCUCAAAGUGCUCAAUGAAUGUUUAUGUUUCUUCGCCUUAUUCCCGAUCGGGAAAUGAUAAAAGAUCAAGUGAAAUUAGACAAGCUGCACCAGUUUCUGCGAAUUCUAAUCAGAGGAAUGUGACUAAUAUUACUCCUCCGAGGAGACACAAUUCGAGUUCGGAUAGUCUCGAAGUUGCUACGAGUCCUUUGCCACCCCCGGUACCACCCCCGCCACCACAGAUGACGAGAGAGAGGGAGAGAGGGAAGGAGAGGAAUGACAACUUCAGGGAGAAGGAGGUUUGUCACUGCAGAAGAUGCUGGGCCAUUCUGCAACAGAGAUGGUAUCACGAGGAGAGUCCAGCAACGCUGCACAAAGAUGUCGGCGGGGGGACGAAAGUUAGUGGAAAAACAGUCGGUGGUGUCGGUUCUGCGACACUCACUUCGCUAUCAUCCAUUAACUCCACAAACAGCCGGAAUAAAAACAACCCGGUGUCCCAUGAGAAGUUACCAUCUCUUGGGAGCACCAAAACGACAAGGUUGGAUAGAUCGGACAACAAUAAUGCGAACAACUCUAACGCCAAUACCAUUCACAAUUUGCCACUUCACGAUCCUCUCCAUUCUACUUCCAACGUCGACGGAUAUUGUGGAAGAUUGCCAAUGACGCCUCAGGAAGCCACCAAAUUCUAUGGCUCGAAGAUCACGGAAUUCGAGCGGGCGGAGAUCGAAAAAUAUUCUGAAAUUUGGUACUUGGGCCUAUCGGCUUGCAAGAUCCAUGGCGAGGAAGGUGCCUCGCAAAAUGGAGGAUACGAUGACGACAACGGAAGCUACAACAAAGUCCUUCACGAUCACAUCUCGUACAGGUACGAGAUUCUUGAAGUGAUUGGAAAGGGUAGUUUCGGUCAAGUCAUCCGGGCAUUGGAUCACAAGACGGGGCAGCAUAUCGCUAUCAAAAUAAUCAGAAACAAAAAAAGGUUCCACCAUCAGGCUCUGAUCGAAGUGAGAAUCUUGGACCACCUUAGGAAAAAGGACAUGGAGUCUAAUUCGCAACACAACGUGAUUCACAUGCUAGAGUAUUUUUACUUUAGAAAUCAUCUUUGCAUUAGUUUUGAAUUAAUGAGUUUAAACUUAUACGAGCUAAUUAAGAAGAAUAAUUACCAAGGAUUUAGCCUAAGUCUGAUCCGGAGAUUCGCUAAUUCUCUUAUAAAUUGUCUGAGGUUGCUGCACAGAGAAAAUAUCAUUCACUGCGAUUUGAAACCAGAAAACGUUCUUCUGAAGCAGCGUGGAAGCAGUUCUAUCAAAGUUAUCGACUUCGGAUCGUCCUGUUAUAGUCAUCAGCGAGUCUACACUUACAUUCAGUCUAGAUUUUACAGAAGCCCGGAAGUAAUUCUUGGCUUGCCUUAUGGAACGCCAAUAGAUAUGUGGAGUUUGGGUUGCAUUUUGGCCGAACUUUUCACUGGAUAUCCAUUGUUCCCGGGUGAGAAUGAAGUCGAGCAACUCGCCUGCAUCAUGGAAGUUUUGGGAAGACCAACUGAACAACUCAUCAGUCACGCUUCUCGUCGAAGACUCUUUUUCGAUUCGAAAGGAAACCCUCGUUGUUUGACGAACAGCAAGGGAAGAAAGAGGAGGCCGGGAAGUAAAAGUGUAGCAAUCGCUCUCCGUUGUCACGACACUCUCUUCGUUGACUUUGUCAGCAGAUGUCUCGAAUGGGACGCAAAGAAACGGAUGACGCCCGAUGAAGCGAUGCGCCACGAGUGGUUGAACUCCUCCUCUUCCCAUCUCAGUUCUUCAACCUCGACAAUGACCUCUUCAGUUGGAAGUGCAGGAGUGGGUGUCAUGGAAUCUUCCCAGACUCACACUCAAACAGUCAGCGUCCAAAAUGCGCCUCGACAACGGGCAACCACCAUGGAAGACCCUCAGCAGCUCUACUCCCUCUACAGGCUCUACCGGGGUCGAAAAUGCGUCUCGAAAAUCACAGCUAUCGAUAAUACCGACUCUGGGGGGCUGAUGGUCAAGAGCAAACUGAACGGAAGUGCCAGCAGUCACGCUUUAGCUGCCGGAGCCCAACCCGCGACUUCGAGACACGCCUCAACCGGCGACAUCGUCGCCAGUCUUGAUCCCAAUCUGGACGACUCCGGCACUUUUUUGCCACCAAUCUUGUGAAGUCGGGUCUGCGCUAGCCACUUCUAAAUCGACUGGUUCGACUCGCUUCCCGAGCUUGUACAUUCCGAACAAGUCUUGCGAAAUCAGAGUGUAACGACAAUAAUCAUCGCCAGUGGCGGCGAGUUUAGAUGGUUGAUCAAGUGGCUGGCUAGGGACUAAAUUCUAUUAUCAAGCUGUUAGGCCAAAUCGACCUAAAGGAGACGCUAGACUGAUAUCGACUGGAACAUUAAGGCGAUCCCAUGAUAUUUAUAGAGACACGGUAUGAUCUGAUAUUGUUCCGAACUACGUAAGUAAAUGUGUAAUUUCCCGCGCGACUCGACUUACUUCAGGGAGCAAGCCAAUUCCGACGAUCAACUUAUCACCCUUUUAAUGAGGUAGAGCACACCAAUUCUAUUUUGGAAUUUAAAUUCGACUCGAGGUGGAGCGCGGACGUUGGAGAGGGACCCCAGCCAACCGGGGGAUUCCCCGACUUACAGGGGAUUCCCCGAAUAAUGAGUAUUCUAACAUUACGUCACGCUCGGCCGUGAACGUCGAAAUAUCUAAUGAUGUCCGACUUCUGGACUGCGAAGCAUUGAUUAUAAAGGAGUUUUGACUAAAAUUAAUUAUUGUAGACGAAAGUAAGUGAAAAAUCAUAAUAUGUCUUUGCUUUUCAGAUCAAAAAGCCAUUUAUUUCAUUGUUGUUGGCAAUUUGGGAAGUGUGCGAUUUUAAAAAUCCAAACAAAAAAUGGGCCCUGAUUGAGGUUAGGUUGCAUUGUUGUGAUAGUUGUUGGCCGAAAACAUUUUCAAAAUUCUCUCACUUUUCUUU